GCGGGCGGUAUGUACCGGGCCCGGGCGGCGCGGGCGGGGCCGGAGCCCGGCAGCCCGGGGCGCUUUGGGAUCCUCAGCACCGGGCAGCUCCGGGAUCUGCUUCAAGAUGAGCCUAAGCUGGACCGGAUCGUGCGGCUCAGCAGGAAGUUCCAGGGUCUGCAGCUGGAGCGAGAUGCCUGCUUGGCCUCUAACUACGCGCUGGCCAAGGAGAACCUGGCCUUGCGGCCCCGCCUGGAGAUGGGCCGGACAGCCCUGGCCAUCAAGUACCAAGAACUUCGAGAAGUGGCUGAGAACUGCGCAGACAAACUGCAGAGACUGGAAGAGAGCAUGCGUCGCUGGAGCCCCCAAUGUGCGCUGGGCUGGCUGCAGGCUGAGCUGGAAGAGGCUGAGCAGGAGGCUGAGAUCCAGAUGGAGCAGCUGCUGCUGGGGGAACAGAGCCUGGAAGCCUUCCUGCCAGCCUUCCAGAGGGGCCGUGCCCUGGCCCACCUGAGGCGGACCCAGGCCGAGAAACUACAGGAAGUGCUGAGACGUCGGGAGCGCUCCGUCCAGCCGGCCCCCACUACUACUGCUGCUGCUGCUGCUGCUGCCGCCGCUGCCACCGCCACGGAUCCCCCCAAACCCUUCCCAGCUGCUGCCGUCCUGCCCACUGGGGCCGCCCGGGGACCACCUCCUCCUGCAGUACCCCGGAGCCUGCCCCCCUUGGACUCCCGCCCAGUGCCCCCAUUGAAGGGCUCCCCGGGGUGCCCUUUUGGCCCAGCCCCUCUGCUGAGCCCUCGACCCUCUCAGCCUGAACCCCCUCAUCGGUAGGAGCCAGAGGGCGGCCUCCCAGCGGGGGUCCAGACAAACUUGAUUCGUGGCUCCUCCUCCUCCCCCACUGUCUGGGUGGGGGGAGGGGCAGGCCCCUCCCCCUAGCCUCAAGAAGGCCCGGGGCCCUGGAGGCUGAGCUGGGGAAGAGGGGCUCCCCGAAGAGGCCCGUAAAGGGCUUGGGGGGUGGGGUGGGCAGGGUGC